AUGGGGAGACCCGCGGCGCAAAUCAUGGCUCCGCGGUCUAUUGAGCCGCGGUCCGCCACCAGAACCUCCAAGGCCUUAGGAGCCAUCAUUCUCUUCUACGGCGCUCUCGUAACGUUGCGCCAUGUACCCUGGCCCUUUGGCGUUCCCUCUGAUGAGCUGCCCGCCGCUGAGAAAUCGCCAUAUGGAUCGUUCCCAGUGGCCGGUGAACCAUUCCACUUCAUCCCGUGCACAAGUGCCAGUGUCCCGCCGCCGCUGGAAGAUGAGAACCCGCUCGAGACUUGGUCAUUGUUGUUCGAUCCCAACCCCGAACAUUGGAGUUGGGGAGCAGCAGCAGCAGCAGAGACGAGCGAGACCGGCCAUCCCGAGGAUCCCUAUGCGGGGCGGGGUAUCUACCUCUGCGGCUGGCUCGAUGUGCCGAUGGACUAUACCAACGCGUCGGAUCACCGCAUCAAUCGCCUCGCUGUCACCAAAUAUCAGGUCUCGGGCCUGGCGCGUUCGGGCGUGGUCUCCAAGAACCCGAACGCUGGCAAGAAGAGCGCGCGGACGCUCGUUGUAGAGCCGGGUGGCCCUGGUGGCCCUGGUACCGGACUGGUGUGGCGAGCCGCUGAGGAUUACGGAAGGCGCUUCACGGAUGGCAAGUUGGAUGUCUUGGGAUGGGAUCCGCGCGGUGUCAACAUCUCCCUCCCGUCCUUUUCAUGUUGGCCCUACGACGCUGAUCGUGAUCGCUGGUCGCUGCGACAGAAUCAGUACCGCGAGACCUCGCCAUCGCCGCGCGCACAGCUAGAGUUUGCUGAUGCACUCUGGGAUUCCAUAUUCCACGGCUGCUGGGAGCGCCUCGGUGAUCUGGGGCGCUUCAUGGGCACCUCAUUCGUCGCCCGUGAUCUCGAAGAGAUCCGCAAGGUAUUGGACGAGGACGAGCUAACCGGCUAUCUUGUGAGCUAUGGCACGGGCAUUGGACAGACAUAUGCCAACAUGUUUCCCGAUAGUGUCGGCCGCAUCAUCCUGGACGGUACCGAAUACGUUCGUGACCACCGAUUGGUCGGUGGAUUUGGUUGGACGGCGCUCGAUAAUGGAACCGAUGCGUGGAACGACGGUUUUCUGGGCGAGUGUGUCAAUGCUGGGCCGGAAUAUUGUGCCCUCGCCAAGCCCAAGGAUAACAAACCUGUAACGUUGAACAGCCUCCAAGACAGAAUGCAGACACUGCUCGACAAGAUCAUUGAGCGCCCGAUUCCAGGAUACACAAAAUCGAGCGGGCCUAUGCUCGUCACAUAUUCCAGACUGGUAGAGGCUUUGUACAGUGCCAUGUACAACGCCUUUUCUUGGCCAGCACUUGCCAAAAUGCUCUUUGAACUUGAGGCAGGCAAUUCUACGCUGGCGGCACAAUUCUUACAGAAUUGGGAGUAUGAUCCAACAAAACCGUGCCCUUUGGCCCCUGCCAUACCACAAUCAGACGAGCUCGGAAUGAUCGUCAUCUGCGCCGAUUCUUACGAUGCGCCCAUGCCGGAUGGCUUGGACUGGUGGUUGGAUCUUUGGGAAGAUAUGACGAACAGAUCCUGGAUUGCCGGCAAUUCUCGCUUCUACGACGUUUUCCCGUGCCGCCACUUUUCGGACUACUGGCCCAAGCCCGCCGAGGCGUAUCGCGGUGAUCUCAACCACACCCUCAAGAAUCCAGUGCUUCUCAUUGCCGAGACGUAUGAUCCCGCAACCCCAUUGAGAAACGGUCGACGCCUUCUUCACGAGAUGGGCAAGAAUGCUAGACUGAUUACGCAUCACGGUUAUGGCCACUCGUCUCGCGACACCUCUAACUGCACCAAUUCCAUCGCCAAAUCUUUCAUCCUCAAUGGCACGGUCCCUGAAGACUCCGAGACGCAAUGUUAUGCCAAUGAAAAACCCUAUCUAUAUGGCGUCAAAUCAGCCGAGGCAGGAUCGUUGGUCACGGGCUCGGAAACUGAAGAGCCAUGGGACCCUGUUGUGGACUGGCGUGAGCACCAAAAGAUGAUGCAGAGCUUUGGAAGACGAAUGUAA